AUGGUUAAUGCAAAACAGACGUGGUUGAAGCCGAAUAAUGUUCCAAAGGGUCACGUGGCAGUGUACGUUGGAGACGUGGUGAAGAAGAGGUUUGUGGUUCCAAUAUCAUAUUUGAAGCACCCUCUGUUUGUUGAUCUGCUAAACCGAGCAGAAGAAGAGUUUGGGUUCAACCAUCCCAUGGGAGGCCUCACCAUUCCAUGCAACCAAGAUGCUUUCAUCAAUCUCACCUCUCAAAUGCGUGCCUUCUGA